AUGCAUCGGCUCGCUAACCGAUUUUCGCCAGACGACAACAUCUCGGCACAUCAACGGUUGUUCAUCGCCAUCGAUGGCUAUUCAUCGCCAUCCUCGUCUGCACGUCCUACACGAUACAAGUCCACGUUGCAAAGCGGUGGUGGCGGUGGUGGCGGUGGUGGUGGUGGUGGCGGCGGCGGUGGCGGCGGUGGUGGCGGUGGUGGCGGUGGCCGCUUCCGUGCAGGACCCUCGCCACUGGAUGGCGUUAAAUACAACAUUUCCUGCAAGGUCUCCAUAGUCACGCACGGGCUGCAGAGCAGCAGCGAGACACUGCUGCACGAGCUGCUGCUCGUGAAGACCCAGAGUACGGGGCUGCGGAGCAGCACCACCACCGAGACCCGGAGGGCUGGGCUGUGGGGCAGCACCACCACCAAGGCCCGGAGCGCAGGGCUGCGGAACAGCAGCGUAACACUGCUGCACGAGCUGCUGCCCGUCAAGAUCCGGAGCGCAGGGCUGCAGAACAGCAGCGUAACACCGCUGCACGAGCUGCUGCCCAUCAAGAUCCGGAGCGCAGGGCUGCAGAACAGCAGCGUAACACCGCUGCACGAGCUGCUGCCCGUCAAGAUCCGGAGUGCAGGGCUGCAGAACAGCAGCGUGACACCGCUGCACGAGCUGCUGCCCGUCAAGAUCCGGAGCACAGGGCUGCACAACAGCAGCGUAACACCGCUGCACGAGCUGCUGCCCGUCAAGAUCCAGAGCGCAGGGCUGCGGAACAAGAGCGUGACACCGCUGCACACGCACAGGGCCGUGCUCAGGUGCAUGCAAUACAGCAUCCACAAGCCAGCUUGCUUGAACGCUUGCGGAACCUCAUGCGGUUUCCCUGUUUGCACGAGGGCCAGCACCCACGGCCGCCUGAUUUUCUGGAGGCCAUUCCGGAAGGGCGCGUGCAGGAUUUGCCCGGCGUGCUCGGAGGAACAGUCCACGCUCCGUGCCUGGCUUGACAUUCCCAAUGUGGACCUUUUGCGCGCCGACAUCAUGUGCACCGCCGCAGUGCCGCGUCAUGCGCAUCCGGUUCUGCCGGCUCGGUAUCGUAUCGGCAGAUCCGAACGCGCGAGUAGUGCUGGCAUCGGUGGUGACCCUGAUCGAGCGGCAUUCGUAGAUGAAGAUGCGUUAGCAGUUGACAGCGACGUUGGAGACAACGGGACUAAUGAGCCAGGUGCUGCAGAUGACGCGGCCACAAUGCAGCUACCUCCGGAAUUACAACCCCAUCCACCGCGGGUGCAGCCGCGGCCUUGCGUCGAUGACCCAAUAAGUGUGGAGGUUCCGUUUUGCAUGCGUCUUGAUACAGAGUUGCCGAACCGGACCGUGUUCCGACACGAUGAUGCUCCGGAUGAAUUCACCAUCUGCACCUCGUGCGAGAAGGCACUCGCAGCACGCCGAAUACCUGAAGCGGCUUUGGCACGACUCGAUCCGGGUGACGUGCCAUCUGUUAAUCACCUGGGCGAUCCCUUGCCUGCGCCCACGUUCGUGGAGAGUCAACUGCUAGGGCGGGGCCGUCUCAUGCAGCAGCUCAUGAUUGUACAUCUCGCGGGCCGCCCUCCCGAGGUAUUGCCAUGUGCCGUUCAAUCUCAUGGCAUCGCGGUCGUAAACCCUGACCCCAAUAUGCUACGGGGCCAGUUGCCCGCGCGUGUUGCGGAUUUGGCUGGCGCUUUCACGGUGGUUUGCGUGGAUCAAGUCCGAGACCGGCAGGACUUGCUGGAUCGUGUCCGCCGUGCACCAGGCCUGAAAGUGCGUGGCAACGUCGUCGUCGCCUGGGUGCGUUUCCUUCAACAUAACGAUGAAGAUGAAGGUGCAGUGGAUGAAGAAGCUAUACAGGAGUAUGAGCGUAUGGGAUGCAUUGCACAAGUACCGGAAGCACUGCUGCGCUCCGCAAUCGGUCCUACCGAUCCGGAAGUUGCUGGUGUACUGCGAAGUACCUUCCUACACGACCGUACCGGUGCUGCUGGUGUACGGCAGCUGCAUGAAACGUUGCAAGGAAACAUCGUUGGUAAUAACUUUGAUGGCGGUGGCGUUUAUGGUUCACCACUUGAGACAGCUGGACCGACCGGCACAGCUAAUGAUAUCCUUCAUGAUGCUGGCGCCUAUGGACCACCGCUUCGUACAGGUCCCGAUGUACCCGCGCCUGGAACGACCACCUCCGACACUCGCAUGGCAGGCGAUCCUGCUGAUGCCAAUCUGGGCAUCCCGAAUGAACUGGAGGUGGUCCUUCCACAACCAGCUCCUGUUCCGACGGACGGCACCGACUUUGAUAACCGGCCCAACGUGGUGCACGACUUGCUCACCGGGCGUGCACGUCUCGCGUUCGCUGCUGGCGGCCGUGGUGCUCAGAUCCUGGAUGACCGCCAUCCAGCCAUCCUCAACGUCUGCUUCCCGGUUUCGUUUCCAUAUGGUUUGUCCGGACAACGGCCACCGGGUAUGUCGUUCGCCUCGUAUUGCAGCCACCUCGUACGGAGGGUGCCACGGGCGCAGUUCAGCGGUAACUUGAUGCUGCUUGCCCGAAUGUAUGAUAUCAGCAUGCGGCAGCAAAGCAUGGCGCAGCGACGGCACCUGCUGUCGCAACAGUCACCCGUGGUGCGUGCCCUCCUGGAUGGCGCACGCGCCAGCCUGCUACGAAUCGACCUUACGGAUGCCUACUACAACGGUGCAAAAGCCACGAUGCGUGCGGCUGCCCUCACUAUUGGCUGGCCGCCAUUGUUCUUCAAUCUGAACCCGGCGGACAUGCACGCUAGCUGUGCCGUUGUAGCCUCCGGUCAGGUCAUAGAUUUUGAUGAUGCCGGGCAUCCGACCCAUAUCAGCAGCACGGUGGAAAAGUGGCGCCGCGUCAAAGAAGACCCGCACAGCUGUGCGGCGCUGCUCAUCGCCACCAAAGAGGUGUUGGUGGAACACCUGUUUGGCUUCACGCCUGGAGCAAUGCGACAAACUGACCCCAACUGUUUCUGUGGGGUCGUAUUUGAGGUAGUCGUCAAAAUCGAGCAGAGCGGACGAUUGGCACUACACCUGCACGGAGUCGCACACCUCCAGUACUUCGCGCUGGACAACCUCCAAGCGUUAUUCUGCGGUCCGAAUUGCCGAGCUCUGGCGCUUGCAUACGCGUUGUGCGAAAUGUGGUACCCCUCGCCGUACUAUGCUCCGACACCGACCAAUGAAAUGCAGCCUCUCGUCAUGGGUAUGUCUAAUACGGAAGCGCAGCAACACGGCUUGUCCGUGCCAGAAGUACAGGCAAAUUGCCCACCUGCCGCGUACGACUUUGAAUGCCUGGCAGGUUCAACAUGCAAGCGGCACGGCUGCCGUGGCACCGACGACAGCUGCGGCAUGGCCUUUCCCCGAUUUAUCCGCACAGCUUUCCAGUGGGCGCGCCGCAAAGGAGCGCGUUUGGUCAGCUGGAAUGCGGACCACGUCCCGGUUAGGCAACAUGGCGCAACCCAACAACAGGCGCUCUCACACGUCGAAAAGGCUGUCGCAAUGCGAGUAAAAGACGCCACCUUCGACCACACCACCGCCGACACUUGGUACUACGAGGGUGCACGCUACACCCUACUCGACACCACAGCUGCCGACGCCGGCGCGUGCCACAACAAUGAAGUCGAGGCGUGUGGCCUGCUUACCAACAGCCGUGAACCGCCCGACGACGGCCGCGGCCCGUACUGGCGCCUCCACUACCUACCCGCAGCCGUCUUGGUCCGUCCCAUUAAAGGGCACGCGCCCAAAGCGGUGCUAGCAGACUUAUCGGACUUCGCAGCCAAAGGUGCUGCCUUCGCCAUCGUACCAUGGCCCUCACCGGCAGCAAACAUCACUGUGCCAGCCGCCAACACCGGCACCACCACCAAAAAUGUACGUCGAGUCAAUGUACCGCUUGGUGACUACUACGCCGUCACCGACUACUUCGUACAGGGCCGUAGCUUCAAGGAAGAAUGCUGGGUCGCAGACCUUUCCGUCCCGCCCGGUGGCCUCAAGCGUGCAACCAUGUACGUGUUGCUCACCCGCUACAAGACACUCGACCACAUCCGCCUCCUGCGCCCGCUCUCUACCACACCCGAUGAACGAACACGAGUCGUCAAACAGUUCAUGGCAGCAACCAAGCUGGACCCCGACCUGGCGGCCGAACUCCGCCUCCUGGAUCGCCGUGCAACCGAAACACGUGAACGCUAUACGACCGAGUACAAACAUGCCAGAAACCUAGAGGAGCGUUGGACCUCCGCAGCCAACACCACCUGA